AUGUUCGCCGUUCCCGGCUGGUCAGUAUCCUCUGAUGCGCUCAAGGCCGAAAAGCCCGCAGUCGCAGCCAGCAGCGGUUCUGCCAAGAAGCGCAAGAGGACCACCAGAGACGAGCCAGUGACGGCUGCCAACGUCGCCGAUCUGUAUGAGACAGUCGUCGAGGGGAAGAAGCCCAGCGGCGACAAGCCCGCAAAGGAUUCAAAACGCCAAAAGAAGUCUUCCGACGACAAAACCAAGGCUGGCAGCGAGAAAUCGGCAGCCGAGGCUGAUGAUGCAAAGUCACAACAGCAGGCAAGCGAUAAGAAGGGCAAGAAGAGCAAGAAGGAGAGGAAAGAGAGUGCAAACCCAAACCACGUAAAACUGCCAAAGAACAAGGAAAGGGGAAAUCGAUCCAAACCCCAAAACGAAACCACAGCAGCAGCAGCAGCAGCAGUCGAAUCCCCCAAAUCCGAACCCAAAGCCAAAGCCGAGUCCGCAGCAGUUCUACCUCCAGCACCACCCAAGUUGACGCCUCUACAAGCCUCAAUGAGAGAGAAGCUGAUUUCUGCACGAUUCCGCCACCUCAACGAGACGCUCUACACGCGGCCCUCGGAAGAAGCCUUCAAGCUGUUCCAAGAGUCACCCGAGAUGUUUGACGAGUACCACGAAGGCUUCCGCCGCCAAGUCAAGGUGUGGCCCGAGAACCCACUUCAGCUCAUCGCCAGCCCUCUGCCCAGGACCGGCGACACAUGCACCAUUGCCGACCUGGGAUGCGGCGACGCCCGGCUGGCCGAGUCGCUCCAGAAGGAACAGCACAAGCUGCACAUCGACGUCAAGAGCUUCGACCUCCAGAGCCCCAGCCCUCUGGUCACAAAGGCCGACAUCGCCAACAUCCCCAUGGAGGACGGCUCCGUCAACGUCGCAAUCUUCUGCCUCGCCCUCAUGGGCACCAACUGGCUCGACUUUGUCGAAGAGGCCUACCGCCUGCUCCACUGGAAGGGCGAGCUCUGGGUCGCCGAGAUCAAGAGCCGCUUCGGCCCUGUGCGCAACAAGCACGCCCCCGUCACCCACAGCGUCGGAAAUAGGCGCAAGCAGCCCUCCAAGAAGGAGAUGCAGGCCAAGGAGGCCGAGGCCGCUGGCCGCUUCGAAAAGGACCUCGCCGUCGAGGUGGAUGGCCAGGACGACCAGCGCCGCGAGACGGAUGUGUCGGCCUUUGUCGAGGCCCUAAGAAAGCGUGGCUUCGUCCUGCAGGGAGAUGGCCGCGAGGCUGUUGACUUGUCCAAUAGGAUGUUUGUUACCAUGCGCUUCAUCAAGGGUGCAGCUCCUACCAAGGGCAAGGGUGUCAAGCCAGACGACGCUGGCCCAAAGAAAAAGAAAAUGUUUGGUCGCAUGCAGGACGAGGAUGCAGAGGAUCAGGGUGGCGAAACUGAGGGAGCUAUCCUCAAACCUUGCGUGUACAAGAUUCGGUGA